GGCUGUGCGCUCACACCCACAUUCAACAGGCACUGGAGGAUACUUGUUACAUGUGCAGCUUCACCGCGUUUAAUCUUUAUUACUUUAUACAGAAAGAAAAAGGCAGUUGGUUGGAGACAACACAGUAUGGAUCCGGGAAGGAGAUGGGUAUUUUCUAGGAAUGGUGAUGUGUUUUUAAGUUGCGCGUUAUGAUGCUUAUAUGCAAAUCCUGUCCUGUCAGUAUAGCUUUACACCUCGGUAGGUAGAUCACAAAAAAACAUUAAGUAUAAUCGUGGGGGGAUAAAAGAAAGGAGAAGAGGAUGGCAGCUCCACAUAACGGAUCCAACAUAACGGCAAAUUUCACCAGCCAGUUUGUGCAGCCACCGUGGCGCGUCGCUCUCUGGUCCGUAGCCUACAGCUUCGUGCUGGCAGUGGCGGUGUUUGGAAACCUCAUCGUGAUUUGGAUCAUCCUUGCCCACAAGCGCAUGAGGACGGUGACGAACUACUUUCUGCUCAACUUGGCGUUUUCUGACGCGUCCAUGGCCGCGUUCAAUACUUUGAUAAACUUUGUCUACGCUACGCACGGGGAGUGGUACUUCGGGGAAGCUUACUGCAAAUUCCACAACUUCUUCCCGGUCACCUCCGUGUUUGCGAGCAUCUACUCCAUGACUGCGAUUGCUGUGGACAGGUACAUGGCCAUCAUCCAUCCCCUGAAGCCUCGUCUGUCGGCACAGGCCACCACGGGAGUCAUCGUCUGUAUCUGGAGUCUGGCCGUGGUUCUGGCCUUCCCUCUCUGCUACUUCUCAACCAUCCGAGCUAUGCCCCACAGGACCCUCUGCUACGUGGCCUGGCCCCGCGAUGUCGAAGACUCCUUCAUGUAUCAUAUCAUAGUUACCAUUCUGGUCUACGUGCUGCCUUUAGUGGUGAUGGGCAUCACUUACACCAUCAUGGGGCUGACUCUGUGGGGAGGGGAGAUCCCAGGAGACUCAUCGGAUAACUAUCACGGACAGCUCAGGGCUAAAAGGAAGGUGGUGAAGAUGAUGAUCAUCGUAGUGGUGACCUUUGCCCUCUGCUGGCUGCCCUAUCAUAUCUACUUCAUCGUGAUUGGGCUCAACAAGCUUCUGAGCAAGUGGAAGUACAUCCAGCAGGUUUACCUGUCGGUGCUGUGGCUGGCGAUGAGCUCCACCAUGUACAACCCCAUCAUCUACUGCUGCCUCAACAGCAGGUUCCGAGCUGGCUUCAAGCGAGCAUUUCGUUGGUGCCCAUUCAUCAAGGUGUCCAGCUACGACGAGUUGGAACUACGCUCUACGCGGCUCCACCCGACGCGCCAGAGCAGCAUGUACACGCUGUCGCGAAUGGAUACCACCGUGGUGGUGGUUUACGACCCUGCCGAAGGCAACGGCGUUGCCGGCGGCGGCUCUGGAAGAAAGCACUCCCUGACGUCUAGGAAGAAAAGCUACAUGACCUCUCGCCAUACGGAGAUCACAGGAUGCAACGGCGGCGGCGUGAUAACGCAAAAUAGAGGCGCUUCAGACGCUCAGCCUGAGGAGUUCUCUUGAAGGGUGUUCUCACAGACUUACACACAGACAUAUACGUGUAAAAAAUGUAUUCACAUGCAUGAAACACUGUACAUACAAAGUGCACAAUUGCUUGAAUUAGAUGUAUAAGCAUUGUAUCAAGUAUCAGGUGGAAGUGGUUACUUAAACGUGCAGAGAAUGACUGCGAGGAUAUAGAGAUUAAUUCAUAUUUUACCUUAAUGAAUAACAUGAAUUACUUUUAAAUACUCUGGAGAAUAGGUGCAUUACUGAGUGGGCUUGCUGGGGGAGUGAAUUUUACUAGAAGCCUUCACGGAACAUAGCAUUUGUCACACAUUUGUUAUUCCCAAUGGUUUUCCAUAGGUUUCUGUGUAUUAUAAUAUAUAAGGUUGUCAGGAUGUGCAUCAAAAAACUGAUUUACAAAUCCCAAAAAGUGGCAGCAUCAUAAUUUACGAAGAACUGCUGCUUGAUUGUUGAUUGUUCCUUGCAGACUCAUGCAUGGAUCGUUCUAAUCAGUGAAACGUCUAAAAAGAAAUUACUGCAAAUUGCAGCUUGCAUGUCGCAAAUUUGCUGAAAAACAACCUGUGUUCACCUCUAGCAUGAAGAAACUAUUGAAGUUUUUUGUUCUCAACUUUUAAAAUAGUCCAGAAAUGGGCUGCUAGUGACUAGAAAUGGGGGUAAAUGACACUUUGGUAGGGGGGGCCUCUACAUGUCUGUGCUCAGUGGCCCACAGUCUCAUAAUUCAUCCAUGCUCUAGAGCUGCCUUAACAACAUGCGGAGUAUGGUAUGUUAAAGUUUCCCCCCCGUUAGCCAGGAUCCCUUUUGCAUUAAUAAUUCCAUCAUUCAACUCUGAUUGAGAUUAGCAUAUAAAUACAGUCAGUGCACCGCUGCUUCGUUAAGGUCUCGGCCUCACAGUUCGAAACGCCUUGUAAUGAAAUUAAGAAAUUCUGCUAUUAAAAUAUACGCUUGGAUGGUGAAACCAUCUCAGAACGGAGAUGAAGACACAUCACGGUGAUUGUAAUUAUGUAAGUAUGGCAUACUUUUCAUUUCCAUCUGUAAGUAAGUGUGACCUUUAUGUUCCACAGAGGAUGCACUGUGCAUCUCUUUUGGCCCCCCGAGGCCGCGAAUGAGUAUCCGCAGAGCUGCCAAUGGAAUAGUUGUUGAUUGGCUGCCGUAUGCGGUUUUGAGUUUGGCUCUCAAAAGUACUGAAAGCGAGUUUGGCUUUCUGGCGUUAUGUAACAUGUAAGGAACAUGUUUCCUGAUAAUACUGGCAACAAGCCAGAGGCGAAAUCCAGUAUACAUUAGGAGAAACGUCGAUGAACAGGCUGCUGGUGAAUGAUGAGUUUGAAAGUGGGCCAGUGUGUCUACUUUUAUAUUACAAACUUUAAAAGAAAAGGAAAAAAAAAGCUGCUCAGUGAAGUGCGCUCAAUCUUUUAAUGUCCUUUUAGAUGCCUUUGUACAGCGCGUCAUCAGAAAGCCGUUUUCGCCUGUUGUUGGUGUUUCAGUAGUUUCUUGCAGCAUGCCGUUACUCUGUGUCGCUUCCUAAUUUGUGCUUGCGUGCACAUCAAGUGUUGAAGCUGCCGCCGAGCGUUACGUUAGCUGGCCUGUGCCACGUUUGGUUUACAAUAUGAUAAGUGGAACCAUACUGUGACAAGUAGGGUUAUAUAAACCAUAGGGACAGUGUGUAUUCUGGGAUUCGGUGCACAGCAACACACAGACAUGAAUAAGGGUGAGGAAACUGUGGCUGUACGUGAUCAUAAGUGUCACUGCUGGGAAAUAAGCAUCAUUUUGUUAUGAUUGGUGUCUUGGUUUGGUUCUUAAUGUAUCCUGUUGUUGCAGUAAAAGCUGUAUUGGCUGUAUUGUGAUGGCGGUGAUGGUUAUUACACAUGUUGUUCAACGGAUUUUGUCACACGUGAAAUGAAUUAACGAUUUCUAGAUUCAUUAGCAAUCGCAACUAUAGAGAUACAUCAUAACUGUCUUUAAUUAUUCUUGCCAACAGUUCUGAAUGUUCAGACUUCAUGAAAGUAUUUACUUAAGAAUGUGAAGAAAAAAAAAACAUGUUGUGCUAUAUUUUUAUGCUGUCGUCUGAUAAUUAUAUUGGAUAUUUGUACGUGGUAGUUAUCAAGUUAUUUUCAUGUUUCUCUGUAUAAAUGUUUGUUUUGUAUGAAUGUACAGUACAACGUGUGCCUCUAUCUCUCUGUCAAGUGGUGAUCAUAUUUUUUUUGUUGCCUCUUUAAAGGAUAAUUAGUUCAUUUCCACCUGAGUCUCGUUUCUUUGUCCUGAACAGCAUGCAGUCACUUCUCAUGUUGUCCUUGCUUUCAAUUACUGCUUUCGUCUGCUGUUAUCAGGCGUUCACACUGAGAUGCAUCACCGGCAGCGGUACAGCGCGCCUGGCGAGCGUUCCUCUUUUUCUUUGUAGCGUUUUUUGGACACGCGUAAAAGUUCAAAUAUUAUUAAUUUUUCAGUCAAAUGGAGCAAGAGGCAUGCUUUGCCAAGUGCUUCCUGUUUGGAGGCGAUACAUGGGGCUUAGACUGGAAACGUUCAUCAGUUUGUCAGACACAGAUAAUGGAAAAUAUUUUCAUUUUGUUCAGUAUGUGGUGAACGCACAAAUCUGUGCAGCAGUUGUUCAUUCCAAUAUGGCUUUACGAAGACGUUUUGGAAGCGAUGCAUCUCUGUGUGCUCAAAACCUCGACUCAGGCUGAAAAUAACUUUUAUUAUCUUUUAAACAAAUACUUCUAAUGUUAAUGAUUAUUAUUUUUGGUUAUUUGAGAUGAGAAACUCUUUGAUAUUGACGAUAUUAAGUGACUUCUAUAUGAAUUCUAUAUCACAUUUCAUUUCAUUUUGUUGUUGUGUUUGCUUAUUGGUAGCUUCAUUGCAGCUCUGCUCUUCUUUUACGGUAUCAUGAGUGACACAUCAUGCUUAUGGAGUAUAGCUGUGACUUGUUGCAAAAGCAGUCAGAUUUUAAUGAGGACAAAAAAAACAACAACAGCUGAGCUAUAGUGUUUUGUUUCAUGUUGUCAAUGCCGGCUAUUGUAAUAAUCCGCAACUUUGAAAUUUGUCGGUUUGUUUCACGAUGUUAUAUAACACACAGCACAGAUCCAAACAAACGUUUUCUUGCAAUUACCUCUAUCGCAUUUAAUAACUGCAUCUUUGGUUUGUUUAUUUUUCUUUCUUUUUUUUCAGAAUUACAAAAUCAAUAUCUUGUUAUUGUGAUGUUCCUCCAUAUCGAGCUGACAUGGAAACCCUACAGCCGUCCAGAUAGUGGUCUCAUUAGCUCAGAGUGUUGAAACAAACACUUUAUGAGCAGAAAGGAUGAAGGAAAAGGACACAGGUUAAAGAUCACGUCAAAAAUAUGCUUGAUAUGUAAAAUAUGACAUGAUCGCUGUUGUUUGUAGUCCCUUCAUUCAGAGCUUAUUUUUUUUAUCGAGAAGCUGCUGUCAGUCUGAAAUGACCGCCUCAUCGCUAAAGGAGUCACCAAAAUUGAGACCAACACAACAAAUGUUGCGGAUUAUAACAUUAGGUUGACCUUUAUUAAAGUGUCAAUAUGUGAUGAUGUCUCUGUCUUGCUGUUGGUUAAUAAACCAUUCAUACUGUAA